AUGACUGAGGAUAAUCCACCGUCUGUCGCUUCAAGCGCAAAGUCCAAAAAGAACAAGAAGAAGGCCCCCAAAGCCAAACCCGGCGCAAUCAAUGAGCAAUAUCCGCCAAUGGAUCAGAAUGACAAUAAUGAGCCCCAUGAUGCCAGCGAAGACCCCACAGACGGACUAGAAUCCAACGGCACCGAGCCCGAAACAAUAGGUCUCCCAGAUCGAUCAGUCAAUAACAAGGAGCCUAUGACUACUGGUGAUGCUUCCUCAACCACCGAUGUCCAGUCCGACCCCGGUUCCGACAACACCGAGCAAAAGGACCGAUUCGAUGCUCUCGUUCGAGACCGCGACUCCUUACGCGCAGAAGUAGCCGACAUGCGGAAGUCAUUGGAGGAGAUCCAAUCCAAACACAGUGCCGACAUGGAGCCUCUGCAACAGAAGUUGGACGAUGCAGAGAGCAAGAAGGAGCAGGCGGAAACGCAGUACCAGAAGCUCUUGGAGCGUGUGAAUACCAUCAAGUCGCAACUAGGAGAGCGACUCAGAGAGGAUGCUGAAGAAUUGGCUCUUGCGCGAUCGCAAAUCGAAGAGCUUGAGGAUGAGAACAACAACCUCAAGGAUGAGCUGGGUUCCAAGUCUAAUCAGAUCCUUGAACUCUCGGGCGACUCAGCAGAGAAGGAAAAAGAGUUGGCAACUCUCCGAGACCGAACGAACCUAUCCCAGCAGAAUUGGUUGAACGAGAAAGAGGAACUUAUUGGGCAAGUCUCAUACCACAAAGUGGAGUUUGAACAAGCAAAGGAGGCCAUGCAUAAUUGGGAAGUUCUUGCUAUGGAAGAGCGAUCGAUCCGAGAGAAUUUGAACGAAAAGGUCGGAGAUUUGGAGGAGCAGCUCGGCAGCCUGAAAGAUGCCUAUAAGCGGGUCACCGAUGAACGCGAUACCCAACAGUCAACGGUUGAUGGGCUACAGCGGGCUCUGCAAGAGAUUCAGUCAGCACGGAAGCAGGAAUUGCGAGAGCUUGUGGAGAGCUCCGAUUCUCAACUCGAGGAGCUCCGACGUUCUCUGCGGGAGGCGCAAAAGCAAGCCUCCGAUGCCGAGAAGGGUCUUCUAAAUCUACAAGAAGAGAUUGAGCGAGUCCGGCCAUUUGAGAAGGAAGUCAAAGAGAAGAACCUUCUCAUUGGCAAACUCAGACAUGAGGCGGUCACAUUAAAUGACCAUCUGACGAAAGCUCUACGAUUCCUUAAGAAAGGAAAGCCAGAAGAUAACGUCGACAGACAUAUUGUCACCAACCAUCUUCUGCACUUCCUCGGCUUAGACCGAUCUGAUCCGAAGAAAUUUCAGAUAUUGCAACUCAUCGCAGCUUUACUGGGAUGGAAUGAUGAACAACGUGAACAGGCAGGUCUUGCCCGCCCAGGGACCUCAAGUAUGUCUGGGAAACUUCGAGUCCCUGGUACUCCGGUACGGACACCGAGCACGCCGAACCUGACGACGGAGUACAUGGACAAUGGCGCCUCCAGUAAAGAGACGCUAGCCGAGCUAUGGUCUAAUUUCCUGGAGCAAGAAGCGGAGGUUGGCAAUAAUAUGAACCCCUCAAGGAGAGGAAGUCACCAAGGGCCUCUCAAACCAUAG